GUACGUAUGCUCUCAUGGGACCACCUGCGCUAUAAACCAACAAUAAGACACUUUGGGCAGUAAAAAUGCAACUCGGCGGGGAAAGAACAACUCCACUUGCAGUGCUUUUGUAUUCUGGCCAUACUCACGGGGAUAAAGCGCAAGACCAGUAAAACAUGCGCGAAGUAUGUUGGCUUAACUUAAAACCUGCAAGGGUUGGUUUGUCAUCGUCAAGAGGCAAGAUCAAGUGAUCGAUAUAAAGCGCCUGGAGCCAGCCAUACCGUCCGGCGAGGAGCGAAAAGGCGUUUAUUGUAUAGCCAGCCAUACUGCCAACGGGUCAGGGAACAAUGUACUAAAAAACAUGCCGGGAAAACUUUACGUCAGUAAUUUACGUGCGAAAUGCUUACCUGGAAUCAACCAGAAUGGACAGAGCGACCCUUUCGCUGAACUCUCCGUGCAAGGUUCUAAGAAGAAGACCGAAGUGAUCAAAGAUGAGCUCAACCCUGUCUGGAACGAGAAAUUCGAAUGGGAUCUCCAGAAACGUGCCCUCUCGCCUGACGAGUCGCUACAUAUACAAGUCAAAGAUUGGGAAAGGCUCGGGAGAAACAGGCUUCUCGGACAAGCAACUGUUCCUCUCAAGGAGCUUGUGAAGGGAUCCUCAAACACGAUGCAGGCUGAAGUCAACCUCACAGACAGUAACGGACGUCAGACCGCAGCCAAAGUGUCUCUCCGUCUGGAGUAUGUACCAGCGAUACAGAAGGAAGGCGAUGGGGAGAUCACCAUAGAGGGGAUAGAUGAAGUUGAAGGCCCGACAGACGGAGAAGACGAUGAAGAGGAUGGUGGUGAUAGCGAGGCAAGGAAAAGACGGAGAAAGAGAAAGACCCAGCGACACAAAUUAUCAAACAAGCCGCAAGAUUUUCAGGUUCGGGUGCGGAUUAUUGAAGGGCGGCAGUUGUCCGGGCAAAAUAUUAGUCCCGUUGCCAGGGUAACGGUUGCAAACCAGACAAGACAGACCAAGGUCAAGAUCAGCACCAAUAAACCGUUCUACGAUGAGACAUUCUUCUUCAACUUCAACAUGUCACCCAUGGAACUGUUUGACGAAAUCAUCAGCUUCGAGGUUUUUAAUUCAAGGAAACUGCGAGCAAAUGCAAUGAUUGGCUACUUCAAGUGCGAUAUUGGCUUCUUUUACGAAGAACCAGGUCACGCCGCCAUCCGAAAGUGGGUCCUACUGACCGACCCCGAUGACAAGAUGGCGGGUGUCAAGGAGACAGAUGAGAUUACGAUCAAUGAAGAAGAGGAGCUGAUAGGGAAAUCCAGAGGAUUCCAAGGAAGACCGAGUGGAGGAAAAGAAGCAGGAUAUCUCAAAGUGACUGUUAUGGUGCUGGGGCCUGGAGACGAGGCACCCGCUUCUGCAAAAGAGUCCGCCCAGGAUGACAAUGACGACAUCGAAACGAACUUGCUUCAGCCGUCUGGGGUGAUGCUGCGACCUGCGACAUUCUCUCUCAAAGUCUACCGAGCGGAGGACAUACCUCAAAUGGACUCGGGAUUCAUCGAAGGAAUCAAACGGGUUCUUCGCGUUGGAGAGGAACAAAAAGAGCUGGUUGAUCCAUAUCUAUUGUUUUCGUUUGCUGGGAUGAAGGCGCGUACAAGGAUUCAUUACAACUCCGAUCAUCCAGAGUUCAACCAGGAGCUGAACGUGCAGUUCAAGUUUCCUUCGAUGUGUGAACGACUGAAGCUACAGAUGUUUGACUGGGAUCGACUUACAGCGGAUGACUGCAUUGGUACGGCCCAUCUGCCCAUGUCCGCCAUAUCUGGUCAGGGCGAAGAUGGUUUCCUGCCAAUGUUUGGUCCGUGUUUUAUUAACGUGUAUGGAUCAACGAGGGAGUACUCUGAUCUGCCGGACGAAUACGAUGAUCUCAACCUAGGAAACGGUGAGGGCGUUGCGUAUAGAGGGCGCGUCCUGGUUGAGCUCGAAACAAAACUCGGGGUAACACCGCAGUCUCCGACGGAUGACCUCCAAAGUCAUGAAAUCAUAAGCGUCCAGCCUUACCUGCGCAGACGCAAGUACAAGCUGUUCGCGUGUUUCCUGGAGGCGUCCAUGGUCUCGUGUUCAGACGGACCAGUCGAAUUUGAAGUCAGCAUUGGUAACUAUGGCAACAAACUCGACCUGUCAGUACCCCCGUCAUCAUCGACAACCCCGCCCACUAACGCAGUGUAUGAUGGCUGCUACUAUUACUUCCUACCGUGGGGAGACACCAAGCCUUGUGUGUGUGUGGAGAGCCACUGGGAAGACAUCGGAUUCCGCCUUGGCACCAAGAACAUCCUUACACGCAUGUGCGAGAGAUUGGAGGUAAAUAUGGACAAAGUGAACCUGAGUUUGGAGGCCAACGCCCAGCCUGCAGAGACCGCAACUCUGCUGAUUUCGCUGCUAGACCAGCUAAUCAACGACGUCAGAAAACCGCUACCUAAAAUCGACAACAAUACGCCUGGGGUCAACGACCUUGACCUGAAGCUGCAAGAAGUCAGGUUAAUGGAGAAGCUCUCUAUCAGUGAAGAGGCAAUCAAGCUCCGUGAGAGCGCAACGGAUGUACGGGAGGCUUUGGGUGAAAUUGAAGGAUUUCUGCAGAGACUGAGAGAUCUUACUGUGGAGCCCCAGAACAGCAUGCCUGAUGUGAUCAUCUGGAUGUUGAGCGGGACCAAGCGAAUCGCGUACUAUCGCAUUCCCGCCUUCGAUGUCCUGUACGAACCUUACAGCGAGGCAUGCGGGGAAAACUGUGGACAGGUCCAGAAUAUCUUUAUGAAGUAUCCAGGCAAAAAGCAGCAGAACAUCGAGGAUUACCCGGAGGUCCCAGCCCACGUGAGGAUGAUGAUCUGGCUCGGUCUGGAAAAGCACCAGGAGGACUGGACCAACAGGGAGCUCACUGAGGGAGACUUCUGCGUGUACGCCGAAACGUACGAAAAUGAGAUGAACAUUCUUGGCAAGUGGACCGCCAAGGGUCUAUCUCGUCCGAAUUUCUCGAACACCAGAGGAGACGUUAGCUUGCCCAAAAAAGCAUUCAUCGCACCGGAUGGCUGGCGGUUUGACGGAGACUGGUUUGUCAACCCGGAACUCAGUCUCUCGUAUGAUCGAGACAGUGGCCACAAGACGUUCCUCGAGGAUGUUUUUCAGUGCGAGUCACGUCUGCCCGGUGGAAGCUGGGGUCCAGCUACAGUGCCUUGGACUGACGUUCGUGGUGAUGCGGCGACGGCCAAAGACGAGAUCCAGUGCGACGAAGACUGGGAAUGGACAUCUGAGUGGAUGGUGGACCUGAAUAGGGCCGUGGACGAGGAUGGGUACGAGUACACGGUCGAGUCCACUAUUGGUGGUUACGGACCGGUGGAGAAGACGUAUCACUUGUGCCGAAGGCGACGAUGGGUUCGCAGCAGAAAACUCAUCGCUGAGCUUGAGAUCGACGAGGACGAUGUGUAUGCAGAGCAGCUGGCCAAGGAGGGCUGGGAGUACGCUCCCAUGUUCACCAUGAAGUUCCACGCGAAGGAACGCAAGAUGGACCUCGUUAGAAGGCGCCGCUGGCACCGUAAGAUGGUGCAGGAGGAUCCGAGCGCACCUGCCGUCUUCCACAUUGACGUUGGAGCUGGAGCUGGGGAUGACCUUGAGCGAGAGACAAUGAUGAAUGCACCUAGGAUGUUCAUUACGUACGAGAAGCCGCACAGAUAUCAGCUUAGGGCGUACCUCUUCCAAGCGCGGGAUCUGCUUGCCUCAGACCCAGACGGCGUCUCAGAUCCUUACGCGCGAGUCGUGUUCGGUACUAGGAGCAGUGUAACGGAGACCUUGGCCCGGACACUUUGUCCUACUUGGGACCAGACCCUUAUCUUUGACGAAGUAAAUAUCUACGGAAGCAUCGAGCAAGUGGCUGAGAAUCCGCCUGCCGUUAUCAUUGAGCUGUACGACAAGGACCCAGUGGGCAAGGAUGAGUUCAUGGGGCGAUGUGUAGUCAAACCCCUCGUCAAACUUAACGGCCAGGGUCCCCCUGCCCCUCGCUUGCUGUGGUACGACGUGGAGCGAGGGGAUGAGUAUGGCGGUGAGAUCCUUGCUGCUUUCGAGCUGUUCCUGGACGAAGGCACAGAUCUGCCAUUUGCCCCUCCCAUGAAAGGGAACUUGUUCCUUGUGCCUAAUGGAAUUCGCCCAGUCAUGCAAAGGACUGCGAUUGAGGUCCUGUGUUGGGGUGUGCGCAACAUGAAGAAGUUCCAACUCGCCAGUGUCUCCUCACCAAGCAUAGAAUUCGAAUGCGGCGGUCACGUGGUCAACUCUACCAUCAUCAAGAACACACAAAAGAACCCGAACUUCGACCAACCGCUUUUCUUUUUCGACGUCUACUUGCCGAAAGAGGAGCUGUACACGCCUCCAAUGAACAUCAAAGUGCGUGACAACAGAUCGUUCGGCAGGAAGCCCAUGGUUGGUCUCCACGCUCUCAAGUCACUACAGCGCUUCCGGUGUGAUCCAGGGACAUUCGAAGACCCCCCGGAGUCCCCGCUAUACAAGGACAGUCCGAGGGGAAGCUUGGCUCAUACCAUCGUGGUGGAGGAGAAAAAGGCAGUGGAUAUUGUAGAGGAAGACAUUGACUGGUGGUCCAAAUUCUACGCGUCCAUCGGUGACAUGGAUAAGGCAGGACAGUAUCUGGACAAAGGAUACGACAAAAUCAUGGUAUACCAAAAAGAGCUAGACAGGGUGCACCCUUUCAACGGAUUUCAAGAUUUCAUGGAGACGUUCCACAUCCAUCGCGGGAAAGUGAAGUCUAAGAGCGACGAGGAGGAUACGAUAGUGGGAGAGUUCAAGGGAACGUUCAGAGUGUACCCCCUACCAAGUGACCCCAGUAUGCCCCUCCCGCCGAGACAUCUCCGCAACCUUCCACCCAGUGAGCCAGUCGACUGUAUCAUCCGCGUCUACGUGAUUAGGGCCCUCGACUUGCAGCCUCAGGAUUCCAAUGGUCUGGCUGACCCAUAUCUGGUCGUGUCGCUUGGAAAAACACGAAUCAAGGACAGAGACAACUACAUAGCAAACAACCUCAACCCAGUGUUCGGCAAGAUGUUUGAGAUGAAUGCGACUAUUCCAAUCAUCAAAGACCUCAAAAUCAGCCUGAUGGACUACGACCUGGUCAGCAGAGAUGACCUCAUCGGCGAGACUGUGGUCGAUCUUGAAAACAGAUUCCUGACCAGAUACCGAGCGUGCUGCGGCCUCCCACAGACGUACUGCACAUCUGGCAUCAACCAGUGGAGAGACUCGCAGACCCCGCGUCAGAUACUAGACUUGUUCUGCGAGUCUCAAGGAAAAGGGAGGCCGCAAUACUUGGGCAACAUGAAGCUAGUGCUGGACAACAGAGUCUACACACUUCAAGAAUUCGAGGAAGGCAUGAUACAUCAUCCCCACCUCGGUGCUCCUGAACAGCGGUUAGCCCUUCACGUGCUCAACUCAAUGCCUGUGGUGCCUGAACACGUGGAAACGAGAUCUCUCUACAACUCACUACAGCCAAACAUUGAACAGGGCAAGCUUCAAAUGUGGGUUGAUAUCUUUCCCAAGCAUCUCGGAACACCCGGAGCGCCAUUCAACAUCUCGCCAAGAAAACCGGCAGAAUACGAACUGCGGGUAAUCAUCUGGAACACUAGUGACGUAAUCUUGGAAGAGACGUCAAUCACAGGCGAAAAGAUGAGCGACAUUUAUGUCAAAGGCUGGCUUGCAGGUGCUGACGACCCCCAGAAGACCGAUGUACAUUACAGAUCACUAGAUGGGGAAGGUAACUUCAACUGGAGGUUCAUUUUCCCCUUCAUGUACUUGCCAGCAGAGAAAAUCAUGGUGGUCAAGAAGAAGGUCCACUUCUGGAGUCUGGAUGAGACCGAGGAGAGAGUGCCCUUGAGGUUGAUCAUCCAGAUUUGGGACAACGACCAGUUCUCACCGGACGACUUUUUGGGUCAGCUUGAAUUAACUCUUAACCGAAUGCCAAAGCCAGCAAAGAGCGCCCGCAAGUGUAACCUUGGUCAGCUGCCCCACCUUCAGAGCAAGAAGGCGAGUAGCGACGUGGAGCUCGUGUCUCUUUUCGAACAGAAGCGUGUUUACGGCUGGUGGCCAUGUGUCAGCGAGGAAAGCGCAGUCGAGGAUGAGAUGCAACUCACGGGUAAAGUAGAGAUGGCGCUGGAGCUACUGACUCGAGAAGAGGCCGAAGCCAAACCCGCUGGACGGGGAAGGGAAGAGCCGAAUCAGAACCCGACGCUAGAAGAACCGAAUCGUCCCGCUACCUCGUUCCGCUGGUUCACCUCGCCGCUAAAGACUCUUCGUUACAUCAUCUGGCGUAACUACAAAUGGUGGAUCGUAGGGCUACUGAUCACCCUUCUCAUAGUGGCUGCUGUGCUUGUAUUCUUGUACGCUAUGCCGGGCUACACGGUAAAGAAGAUGUUCAAUGUCUAGCAUUAUUGGAUUUGUGACCAAGAAUAGAGUAAUAACUACAUCCCGCCAGAUUGCGAUUUAGUGCACGUGUUAUCAGCUACUAUAAAAGGACGAGUCAGUGAACCUUCCCUAAGAAUCAAAUGUUAGUACUAGUACAAUAGUGCUUCAACAGCUAGCUAUCAUGACUAGUGGUUCUUUAUGAAAAUCGUUUCAUCAAAGUGCGCCAGUAAUAGCUUUAACCAGUUGUAUGGUAGUCAGUAAUGUGGUAAACCAUGAAAUAGAGAGAAUAAAAUGGCAAUAUUGCUCUACUGCUAUCAAUAUAAUCAAUCAACAAAAAGAUAUUGACAAUUAGGGUGGUUUCAAGGUCUUUAGAUGUUUAACUCCAAGUAUACCAAAGUAUAUCCAAUUAAUUUAUUUUCGUAAAAGUGCAUGAAUGUUAUUUUUGUUGUAUUGCUGGGAAAUAUAACCACGUAUAACAAGCCCGAAAGGCAUCCUCUUUUGCGUGCAUCACAUUCCUAUAGUCUGGUUGAACUAAGAGACAAGUUGCCUCCUAUAUAUUUCAGUGAUGGCUAGACUCGGAAGCAUUUAGAACGUUGCGUGCGUCCAAGUUUAGCCAGACUUUUAGGAUUGAUCAUGUAACGGUCUCGUUGCUAUGAAAGCUGUCCUGGUGGACCUUGACUCAGCGACGAUCACAUUAUAUGAGACGAUAAUAUACAUGUUAUAUACAGAUAUAGUCAUAAUGGAAGUUUGAGUGUUUCAUAGAGAUCACUUUUUGUAGGAAUUUUCGGAGAUGGGGUGGGGGGAAGGUUGUCGACUGAUUUUACGACGGCUACUUGAUCAAAGCCAAUCGUUAUGAUCAUUGUGUGGUGCAUUUAUUUCGUCGUUUAUUCUAGAUAAAGGUUUUGGGGGAAAAUUAAUGGCAUUGUAUAAAACAUGCAUGAUAAUUAUUCGUGAUGAAAAUCAAUUAAAAUUGAUUUGUCUGUA